AUAAAUUAACCCAUCCCAUACUACUCCUAAACUUCUCCCUCCAAUAUUCUAUACACACAAAAUACAAACCCUAAACCCACCAAAAUGACUGAUAGGGUUCACCCUGCCGCCAAAACCACCACCCCAAAGCCAACAUUCCCCGCCGCACAAUCCAACCUUCCCGGCGCCACCCGCCUCUCCUACCGCCCCCAACCGCCUCACCGUCGCCGCAGCAGAAGCGGCUGCAGCCUCUGCUGUUGGCUCCUCCUGAUCCUCCUCUUCCUCCUCCUCCUCCUGGGCGGCGGCGCCACCGUCUUCUACUUCCUCUACCACCCCCAACGCCCCACCUUCUCCCUCACCUCUCUCAAACUCACCACCUUCAACCUCACCUCUCCCUCCACCCUCGACGCAAAGUUCCACCUCGCCCUCUCCACCACAAACCCUAACCCUAAAAUCCUCUUCUCCUACGACGCCACCUCCGUCUCCAUCCUCUGCGGCGAUACCGCCCUCGCCGCCGCCACCAUCCCCGCCUUCCGCCAACCCCAGAGGAACACCACCGUGCUAGAGGCCACCGUCGCGAGCACCGAAGACGCGGUGGCGCAGCUGAAGAGGAGCAAGAGCGAGGUGGCUCUGAAGGUGGAGUUGGAGACCAAGGUGGCGGCCGAGACGGGGGUGCUGACGACGCCGCGCGUCGGAGUGAGAGUUUUGUGCGACGGCAUCGGCGUUUCCCUACCCGACGGCGAGAAACCGGCGACGGCGAUAACUGAGAAUACGGAAUGCGAAGUGGAUGUGCGGUUGAAGGUGUGGAAAUGGACCAUUGGAUGAAUCAUAAUAUGAGGGUUACAGACACAGACUUAUACGUGUGAUGCUAUUAUAUAUAUAAGUUGUGGUUCUUGUUUAUUUUUUAAUAAUUGUUUUUUUUUU